CUUCGUAUCUCUCCCGAAGAUGAUUACAGUUUACAUGCAGCAGUACGCGAGUUGAUGCUGUCCUAAUCACACUUUUAUAGCUUAUUUAAAUAUGCUUUUAGACCUGACAAAAAUAUAAAAGUAUUUUUAUGACUAAUUUUUUCCCACCACUAUGCACUCCGCCAUGACACUACCGACCUGUAACGUCAUUACGUGAUUUUGUGUUGUCCGAGUCACAUCUAAAUUCGUUCCUCUUCACAAAAACAUUUUACAAUGGGAAAAAGGAAGCGAUCUGAUAAGGAUAAUAAUGAUACGGUCGAAAAGUUAUACAAAAAAGUGAAAAAACUAGUUAAAAGUCGAAGAAGAAUUUCGUCAUCAACGUCCGAUGAUGAACCGCCGUUAUCACCUGCGCAGUCUUCACAUCUGGAUAUUGUUAGCGAUCUCGAACCUCGAGAUGAGAUCCCAAGUGUUGAGAUGCAAACAGAAACCGACGGAGUAGUAGACGAAAGCGAGGACCUGGACCCAGAUAUUUUGCAACUAUUAGGCUCAGAUCCUACACAAAAUAAAUCUUUUGGAGAUCAUUUACAUAAAGAUAUCGCUACGAGGUGGAAGCACAUCUUAACUAAUGGACUUUCUAAGGAGGAGAAACUCGAUAUUCUAAAACAAUACCUGCCUGCUGAAAAUUGCACCAAUAUGAAAGCACCUUUAUUGAAUCCGGAAAUAAAAUCAGCACUCUCGGAUAAUAAUAUCAAAAGAGAUUCGUACAGCGAACAAAAACAAAAUCAAAUGUCCAGCUGUAUUUCAGCAAUUGGCAAAGCACUUAAUUUAGUCUUGUCACAAAAAGACAACGUCCCUCAAGAAAUCAUAAAAAUACUGAGCGAUGCUGGGCGCCUGCUAUGCGAUACACAUCAUAGGGAAUCUCUUUCUAGAAGAUUUGCUAUCGUGAAUUCCUUAAGCAAGCAAAAACGAGAAAUAAUAAAAAAUACAAAAAUAGAUGAUUAUUUGUUCGGUGCUAACUUGUCUGAAUAUCUAAAAUCAUCCAAGGCCAUAUCAAUGUCUGCCUCAGAGCUUAGAUUUAGCUCAAACACAGCCAAGUCUAAUCAGCCACAGCGCGGGCAACCCAGCACAUCCACAUCUCGUUACCCUGGAUCUUUAAACGCUUGGGGGGCACUGCGUGCACCAGCCGCCGAACCGCGAGUGUACCCCAGCCAAAAUCGGCGCCAGCCACCACCGCCGUCGGCGCCACGAGACCAGCGUCGUGUACCGACGACGAGGAAGACACGGCCGCGGCACAAUUACCCACAAUCUCGACGAAGUUAACAACUCCAUCACAGGUAAUUAAUAAUAUACCCACAGCCGGUAGACUCCGGUACUUUUAUCACGAAUGGCUUCGCAUCACAAACGACAAAACUAUCCUGUCUUGGAUUAAGGGGUACAGGAUUCCAUUCCGUUGUGAUCCAUAUCAGACAAAUAUUCCAAAACCAAAACCCUACACGCUAAUAGAAACGAAGGUUAUUGAUGAGUGUAUUUCUGAAAUGUUAGAAGCAGGUUUUAUUUCUCG